AUGCUACGGUAUUCUUCUAUUAAUGGCGUGCCACAAGCCAAUCGUAGUGGUAAGUUAUACAUGUUUUAAUUUGUUUUUAAAGUUUUUUAAUUGAACUUUUGGGGCAUUGCAGAUUGCUGGUGACAUCUUAUACAAUGAAAAAUCAUUUAAUACAGAGUUAUUGCCAUUUUAUGCUUUGUAAAGAAAGUUCUUGCCAUUUUAUAUUUUGCAAAGAAAGUUUUCGCCAAUUUAUGUUUUGUAAAGAAAGUUCUUAUCAUUUUUGGUUUGACAAAGAAACUUCUUGCCAUUUUAUGUUUUGUAAAGAAAGUUCUUGCUAUUUUUUUCGUAUAGAAAGUUCUUGCCAUUUUUAGCCCAUAUCUUAACUUUAAAAUUUUAUUUUUACUCAAUUUCCAGAUGUAACAUUAAAAAUUAUGUGUGGUAUACUACUAUGCAGUAUAAUAUACUACAUUUCUUCAUUAUCAAUCAAGAAAUCGAGAUUUAAAUCAGAGUUUUCGCGGGUAAAAGUAACAGAUGACAAAACCAUUAUUGUGAUAACACCAACAUUCAUGAGACCGGAGAGAAUGGCCGAUUUCACUAUGUAAGAACUCUUUUUUUUAGUUUAGGCUUAACACAAUUUCUCAUAAAUUUUAGGUUGUCCCAGGCCCUGAAGCACGUUCCCAACGUGUUCUGGCUGGUGGUAGAAGAUGGAGAUUACAGAGUAGACAAAGUCGAACAAGUGAUGAGAAGAACGGGGCUGGACUACGCUUACAUCAACACUACAAACGAAGGAUUACCAUGUAAGUGUAAACAAAGUUCUUUCUAUUCUUCAGUUUUUGAAAAACUUGUAGUAAACUGCAGGCUGCGGAUGAAAAGUUAUACGUUGGUUAGCAUUUGGAAUUUUUUGGAUUGUAAAGAACGUUUUUGCCGUUUUAGCACGUUGUAAAGAAAGUUCUUUCAGGCCGUGGUUGGGCCCACCGCAACCGCGCUCUGGACUGGAUUCAGAAGCACCGUGCCCAAUUCAAUUCAAAUGACGUUGUUUACUUCGCCGACGAUGAUAAUGCUUAUGACAUACGACUGUUUACAGAAUAUAUUGCCAAAGUUGAAGUUAUGGGUGUUUGGGCAGUCGGUAAGGAACUUUUUCAAAAAUUCGAACUUUCAAAUUUCAAUAUUUUGAAGUUCAAUAUUCAAGGUACAUCAGCCUAUGCCAUAGUGGAAAGCCCAAAGGUGAAGAACAACAAAGUGGUGGGCUGGAACGUUGUUUAUCGACCGUCCAGAAAGUUUGCCACUGAUAUGGCAGGAUUUGCCAUUAAUAUUGAUACUUUGGUCAAAAGCAAGUAUGUAUUACCUUUAAAUGGCAAAAACCUUGUUUAAAAAACAAUAAGUAGCCUAACCUGUUGAUAUUCAAAGGGGUCCAAGUUCUUCAGAAUGUCUUCAAGUUGUCUAAAAACGCAUUUCCAGACCCCGCCUAACACUGCACUGUGCAGGUCAAUCUCCAGAAGAUUGUUUCCUGAACCAAUUGAACAUCUCAUGGGACGAUAUGGUACCAUUUGGCGAUGGUACCGAAGACAUUUUAGUCUGGCAUCGAAAGACAGCGGGUGGUAAGUUCAGGACGGUGAACACGAAUGGUUAUUAUACCGAGGAGUGGAAGAGACAGCCCAAACAUUGUCGACGAUUGCUGUCGAUCAACGAGAUUAGCUAUGAAGAGGCGGUCAAGCUUAGAGAUCAAAAGGAAUAA